AUGUCUCCAGCGUCUUUCGAGAUGUCGAACCGCCGCAUGGCCAAUCUCUCCAUUGAUACCAACGCGUUCCAUGGACAUCAGGCCUUGAUCUCUCCACCUGAGUCGGCAAAUAGUGCACGUCGUAGUUCUUACGACAUGAACUUCCACCAGGCACCUUUGUCUAAUUAUCACCCCAAUACACCCGUCCAGUUCACCGGCCAAGACAUGUACAACGUUAUACCAUCCGACAAGAUGAAGCUCUCGUUCCAUCAAUAUCCUCCAAGCCCCCCUGUGGACUUUACUCAAGGGCAACAGCACUUUACCACAGCUUGUAACUCGCCGACGUGGAACUCGUCGAUGGCAUUCGGACAGAAGUCUGAAGCCGACCCUUUCUACCAGGACAGUUCUGCAUUGUUGUCGACCGAUCAUGAUUGGAACAGCUCGACAAUGAGCCACUACUCGAAUGUCGACUACGCGCCGGACCCAAACUCCUUAUUCAUGUUGCCCUCGCAGGAUCCAUCGGCGUCUUUCAUGACGGACGUCGAUCCUCACCACGAACACCUGCCGACCUUUAUCGCCCCUAGCCAGGCAGUCCAUCAACCGCCAGAGCUGGACUACAACAUGAGCAUAUCCGGAUGGGGUGGCCUCCAGACCCCUGUGCAUGACAGUAACAUCCUGCACUCCUCUUCUCCACCAGAGUUCUCUCCCACGACUCCAUCUACGCUAGAGUAUUCAUUUGAUGCCUCAUAUGUCACCCAUGAUGUAUCACCGUCUUCUUCCGUCUAUGGCACUACAUCUCGCUCCAGCCUCACCAAGAAAGGCCGCAAGAUGUCCAAAGCCGACAAGCGUCGCUCCAUCUGCAGGAGUGUUCCUGUGAAUGACUCGAACACCUCGAUCACGCUCUUGACCGAUGAGCAGUCGGCAGCAUACAGCAAGCUGUCGAAGGAGGAUCAGAAGAACUUCAACACGGAAAAGAAGUCCCACGAAUGCAAGCACCCGGGCUGCGGACUGAAGUUCGCCAGGUCGGAACAUUGUAAGCGGCAUCAGAAUAGUCAUUCGGAGAGGUACGACUACGCUUGCUACAUCUCCGAUCACCGCCUCAAUCCCGAAGAUCCAAAGACCCAAUGUACCGUAGGUAAGAAGGGCAACGGCAAGCAGAACCGCAAUGACAACUCGCGGUCCCAUCACUGGACGCAUGUCAAAGCAUACCUUGUCGCCAACGACCCUCUGGUCCGCGAGCGCAACAAGCCUCUGAAUGGCAAGUCCAAGUCUAAGGGACGCAACUGUCCCAUCUCGCCCAUUCAGAUGCUUGCUCUCGUCCGCGCCAGAGACUCUCACUCUCCUCCAAACCAGGAGGUCGUGCUCAAGUUCUUGAAUGGAGAGGCUGGCAAAGACUUUGGCGUUCAUAUACUUUGGGAGGAAGAGGGGUGUCCGGUCGUGCCUUGUCCACGCACUGUAGGGGCUAGUGGUUGUGGGAUGUGCAGGUCGAAGCAAGGGAAGGAGAAGAAGGAGUGA